CUUAAAGUAGAAGAAGAAGAAGAAGAGUUGUCUGGGAAACCAACCCGCCAUGUACGUGCAGUUCAUCUACAACACUUUCUGUGGAAAGACGGGUGUAUCUUUAGCUUUAACAGCUACUGUCUGACCCGCUUAUACAUCAUACAGAUACGAUACAGAUGACGAGCUAGUCGGACCUGCGAGUUUAGAGAACAAGUAGCUAACAGCUAGAAACUACAAAGUCACGGUUGAAUCUUAUAGUUGGGCGAAGCUAGCUGAACUCAGACAUGACCCAACAAGCUGCUGCUCUGCAGACCUACAACAAUGAACUUGUCAAGUGUAUUGAGGACCUGUGCUCCAAGCGGGAGGAGUUGAACCGUCAGAUCAAGCAGGAGGAAGAGGAGAAGGAACGGCUGCAGCACGACAUCCGCGUCCUGUCAGAGAAGCUGAGCAGAGUCAACGAGAGCCUGGCACAGAGACUCGCCGCCCGCGCCACCUUCGACCGCACAAUCGCAGAGACCGAGGCCGCUUACACCAAGAUCUUGGAGAGUUCACAGUCUCUUCUCAGCGUCCUGAAGCAGGAGGCAGGAAACCUCAGUAAAGCCACAGAACCCCGAAGGAAAGAGCAUUAAUGGAGACGAAAGGUCACUGAACUCUCUUUUCGACCACAACAGUACAUUUGACUCUGCACUUUUAAUGCAGUUUAUUCUCCAUCCUGGACUAUUUGUAAUAUAUUUGAUUGAUUUUAUAUAUUCUUUAUUCCAAUAAAUGUGUUUCUUAACA